CCUAACGCUUUAUUUCAGCCCCGCUACUUCUCCUUGUUGGCUUUUUAUCCCGCGAUGCAUCGCAGUCUUUCCUGCCGGCUGAGUUUGAAUGUCAAUCCCACCCUUUUCUGCGUGUUUUCGCACCCGCGUGCCGCUCCUCUCGCAGCCUUUCACUGCAUAUAGAUGCAUUUUGCGUCCCCCGUUUGCUCCGGUAACCCAUGUCUGUGUGCAUCCUGCCUCCCUGCGCUCUCAAUAGAUGGUGCAAGUCAAAAUGUCCAAAUCGCCUGUAGACCCUCUGUCUGCUGUGGAAACCGGCUCUCAGUCGCACUAUUUUCAGCUGCCCAGGAAAUUGCCUAAACGGAAGAGCCGUUUCAAACGUUCAGAUGGCAGCACGUCUUCUGACACAACAUCCAGUUUCAUCAAACGGCAGGGGUCAGCUGAUUCGUACACCAGUAGACCGUCGGAUUCAGACCUGUCAGCAGAGGAGGACCGCGAGGCGUAUCGGCGUGAAGCCGAGCGCCAGGCCCAGCUGCAGCUCGACAGAGCCAAGUCUAAAGCUGUAGCGUUUGCAGUAAAGACCAAUGUGAGUUACUGCGGAGCUCUGGAUGAAGACUGCCCUGUCCAAGGAGCUGCAGUCAACUUUGAUGCCAAAGACUUUCUGCACAUCAAAGAAAAGUACAACAAUGACUGGUGGAUCGGCCGGCUAGUGAAGGAGGGUGCAGACAUCACCUUCAUCCCCAGCCCACUGCGCCUGGAGGCCAUGAGGCUCAAACAGGAGCAGAAGCAAAGGAAAACAGGAGGUAACUCCUCCAGUUUAGGCGACAUGGUCACUGGGAGCUGGAGGACCACACCGCCAUCUGCAGGUGAAACUAAACAGAAGCAAAAACAGGAACAUGUCCCUCCCUACGACGUGGUUCCGUCUAUGAGGCCGGUGGUCCUUGUGGGACCUUCACUGAAGGGCUACGAGGUGACGGACAUGAUGCAGAAAGCACUUUUUGACUUUCUAAAGCACAGGUUUGAAGGAAGAAUCUCAAUCACCCGUGUAACUGCCGACCUGUCCUUAGCCAAGAGAUCCGUCCUCAACAAAAGACCCAUAAUGGAGAGAUCCAACACUCGCUCCAGUUUAGCGGAGGUUCAGAGUGAGAUUGAGAGGAUAUUUGAGCUUGCCAAAACCCUGCAGCUAGUGGUUCUGGAUGCAGACACCAUUAACCACCCGACGCAGCUUGCUAAGACCUCCCUAGCACCCAUCGUUGUCUAUGUUAAAGUUUCCUCACCAAAGGUGCUCCAGAGGCUGAUCAAGUCUAGAGGAAAGUCUCAGAGCAAGCACCUGAAUGUGCAGAUGAUGGCUGCAGACAAACUCUCUCAGUGUCCCCCUGAUAUGUUUGAUGUCAUUCUGGAUGAGAACCAGCUGGAGGAUGCUUGUGAGCACUUGGCCGAAUACCUGGAGGUCUACUGGCGUGCCACUCACCUCCCAGGGAACACCCCUCUCAACCCCUUAUUGGAGCAGAGCCUGAUGACCGCUCCGUCAGCCAUCUCCAGCCUACAGGAGCAGGUGCAGCCUCAGGAGGCGGGGGGCUUGGAGGGUGACGAGGAGGAGGAGGCAGGCGAGGAGGCCAACUCCCCCUUGGAGCAGGACAGUCUCAUGCCAUCGGACGAGGCCAGCGACUUGUCUCGCGAGCAGAGGGGGAGCCCGUGCCACAGGGGUGGUGAGGAAGAGGAGGAGGAGGAGGAAGAGGAGGAGCGUGAUUCCCCCUGCCACGCUCGCUCAUACAGGGACAUGUACCCGCCUCAUCGUGGGCACACAGGCAAUGCCCACAGUGCCAAUGGGCACGAGGCACAGGACAGGCUGCUCCAACACGAAGCUCAGCAAGGACACAACCAGAGGAACAACCGCCAACGCAGCCGUCCGUGGCCCCGAGACACCUACUAAGCAACAAGGCCCCCCUCCCUGUGGCCCCUCCCCACGCACUGACUGUCAAACAUUCCCAAAAAGCAAGUGAGAUAAAAAACAAGCAGCUGCCCAUCCUCUCUUCCAGUCUCCCAGUGAUAAUCUAAAGUGUACUGACCGCUCCAGGGUCAAGUCAUUCAGAUAAAGGUCAACAGGGCUACUCACCUCAAUGGAAAGCUGUACGCAAACUCAAACUUUAGCUGCUUUGCCUAAAGUUUCUCUAUUGUAGGAUGUCUCAUAUACUGGCCUUAAAUUGCUAAGACUUUCUUUAUCUAUCUUUCCAACUGCAUGUGAGAGUAUCAUUAUUUCAAGAAUAUUUGCACAUUAAUGUAAGAACAGGAACUGAAUGACCUUUAAGGAAAAACUAAUGUAGGAAUGUCUACUGCUGAAUCCAUGUAUGAGGAAUAGUAAUGCAUUUGAUUACAAUGUAUAUACUGAAUGGGCACCUGGUUUCGUUUCAUUGCUAGUAUUUUUUUGUUUGUUGGAUUUUGUUACUUGUUUUAAAGAAAUUUGAGAGGGGGGUUGCGUGUGCCUCCCUGAAGAUGGCCAGCAACUUUGCCAAGACACACACACACACACACACACACACACACAGUUUGUGUGUCACAGUUUAAGGAAGCGGUAUGAAGCUGCAGUACAGUGUCAGUAUCACCUCCAGUACAGUGUGUUCUGAGCCUGACUCGUCUUUGCUGUUGCACAAUCACUCUCCCAGCGCCUCUCAAACUUACACAACGGGCACAGAGAAUGUAAGCACCACUACAGGAGCGAAUGUUGUCUUGCAAGGGAUAAAUUAUUUGCCAAACCUGCUUGUUACAUUGAAUCAUUCCCAUCUCUCAAGCACACGCUGCACAGCUGCAGCUGCUCUUCAAGUCCAGGCUUCAGAGAAUGUAAGCUCGCAUGCCUUUUUGCACCUUUUAGCACCAUCACAGUGUCUCGGACCCAAACCACCGCCCUGUAAUCUGAUUGUAGCACGUUACUGAUUGUAGCAUAGCACAGUUUCCAAACUUCACCCCCUCUCCUUGCACAUCUCUGUCUGUUUUGUGUACUGCAGUUUUACAGUUGGUUUCGAGGCAGAUCCUCAGGUGUAAGUCCUACACUUAGUCACUCUCAGCUUUCCCCGUGACAAAUGUGUCGAGCUCCUGAAGGACUCGUAGCACCUGUGACACAGUGUCAUUCUGUUCCUGCGCCAUUUUUAGUCCAUGAGCCGAUGAGUUGGACUCAAUGCUGAUGCGCAGCGGCCCGCUUCUGUUCACAUACAGGGUCGUCACUGUCACAGCCUGCUGUAAGAAUUACUGGUUUACUGCUUCCAUGUCUCACACGUAUCUCUAUCUAGUGUUCUGUAUAUUUUGAAGAGAAAAAAAAAUCAGCAUGAUUGAAAAAAAACUAUGCAAGUGUUGCAUGAAACCUGAUUGUUUCUUUUUACAGUAAGUAUUUUAGUAAUGCAUUGAUUCUGACUCUCUCGUUGUCUUGUAGUGAUAGUCUUUUCUAUGGGGCUAUUCACUCCUCCCACUGCGGUUAGUAAAUGCAUCACUUUAUUUUUCCACAAACCUUAAUAUUGGGGAUGUUUUUCCGCAAUAUUGAACCGAUACUGCUUGAUGCACUUUUGAAAGUUCCUCACUAAAAAUUGUCCUACAUAAGGCUUAUGACGUUUUAAUCCGUGAUAAGAGUGAAUUAUUAAAGCCCUGCAUGUCUUAGUUCGUCAAUUUGCUAUUUUUCAUAUUUUGGCAAGUAUGUAUUUCAAAGCGGACCAAUUUAGCAACUGGCAAAGCAGUUGAGGUUUUUCAAUUUAUGAAGCACAAUUUUUACAAGGGUUAUAAUUUAAUUUCCUGUGUCUUAUUCUGUAUGCAAUACUAAGCCUAACAUUGACAAACUUUAAACGCCUUAUAGUGCAUCUGGACUUCCUCUUUGUGUGAGUACAUACAAAAAAAAUUGCACUACUUUUUUUUGGGAUGGUUGCUCUGUAAUGCAAUAACUGCACUAAAUAUAAAAAUGUAUUCACCAGACUACCAGAGCGUGCUAGCGUGACCAAACACGCCUCUUCCCUCUAUUUGUCAAAAGAGACAGCAAAUGUGUAAAGUGAGACAUUUCCUGCCUGAUGCUGUAUAGAAUGCUUUCUAUUUGAAAACAGAUUUACAAUGCUAAGUAAAACAUGACAAAAUAAACACAUUUUAUGUACUUUUAACAA